AUGUCACAAUUAAUCACACUAGCAACGUGCAACCUUAACCAAUGGGCACUGGAUUUUGAAGGUAAUAGGGAUCGGAUCUUAGAAUCAAUCAGAAUAGCGAAGGAAAAAGGAGCUCGUCUUCGUGUUGGGCCUGAAUUAGAAAUUACAGGUUAUGGCUGUCUGGAUCAUUUCUUGGAAGGAGAUGUGACACUCCAUUCGUGGGAAAUGUAUGUUCAAAUCUUGAAGCGUCCGGAAACACACGGUAUAUUGCUUGAUAUUGGUAUGCCUGUUAUGCAUAAGAAUGUCAGGUAUAAUUGCCGUAUACUUUCAUUAGAUGGCCAAAUAAUGUUUAUUAGACCUAAGUUAUGGCUGGCCAAUGACGGUAACUACCGUGAAAUGAGGUUUUUCACUCCGUGGAUGAAAGCGGGAGUAGUUGAAGAGUUCCAAUUACCGCCUGCUGUUCAAAUGGUGACUGGACAGAAAUUUGUCUCAUUCGGUGAUGCUGUGAUUCGGACUCUAGAUACUUGUAUUGGUGCAGAAACUUGUGAGGAAUUGUUCACGCCACAAUCACCGAACAUUUCUAUGUCUCUUGAUGGUGUGGAAAUUAUCACGAACUCUUCAGGGUCGCAUCAUGAACUUCGUAAGUUGAAUAAAAGAUUAGAUUUGAUCAUAAACUCUACAAGUCGCUGCGGUGGUGUGUAUUUGUAUGCUAACCAGCGUGGUUGUGAUGGAGAUCGUCUUUACUACGAUGGUUGUGCGUUGAUUGCCGUAAAUGGUAAAGUCGUUGCACAGGGGUCACAAUUCUGUCUGAAAGACGUUGAGGUCGUCACGGCUACCGUCGAUUUGGAAGAAGUAAGAAGUUACCGUGGCUCAAUAAUGUCUCGCUGUUUACAAGCUACCUCUUCUCCUUUGACAUACAAACGCAUUGACAUACCAAUUGAGUUGGCUCCAAUGAACCUUCGAUUUGAUCGUAAUGUCUGUCCUACGAAGACACGUGAAGCAUUUUACCACUUACCAGAGGAAGAAAUUGCUCUCGGUCCGGCUUGCUGGCUGUGGGAUUAUCUCAGACGUUGCAAUGGAUCUGGUUACUUUUUGCCGCUGUCCGGUGGCAUAGAUUCUUGUGCUACUGCAGUCAUCGUACAUUCUAUGUGUAGGUUGGUUGUCAAAGAGGCCAAUGAAGGGAACCAGCAAGUCAUUGAGGAUGCACGUAGAAUUACUCGCGCAUCAAGCGAUUGGUUUCCAAGUGAUCCAAGAGAAUUGGCUAGCAAGAUUUUUCACACAUGUUAUAUGGGAACUGAGAACUCUUCUAAGGAAACACAGCGUAGAAGUGCAGAGUUGGCUUCACGUAUAGACUCCUACCAUGUUGACUUGAAAAUGGAUAAAGUAGUAACAAGUGUUGUUUCUGUUUUUGAGAUAGCAACUGGUAAAAAGCCAAUAUUCAAAAUAUUCGGUGGGUCCCAGAUUGAAAAUUUAGCAUUGCAGAACAUUCAGGCAAGAAUAAGGAUGGUGCUAGCGUAUCUAUUUGCACAGUUGUUGCCCUGGGUUAGGGGUAUCCCCAAUACAGGUGGCUUAUUAGUUUUAGGUAGUGCCAAUGUCGAUGAAUGUUUAAGAGGUUACUUGACAAAAUACGAUUGUUCUUCCGCCGAUAUUAAUCCUAUCGGGGGUAUUUCAAAAACCGAUUUGAAAAAAUUUAUUGCUUAUGCCUCCAAAGAGUUUGAUAUGCCAAUCUUAGACGAGUUUUUGACUGCUACUCCAACUGCAGAGUUGGAACCGAUUACAAAAGAAUAUGUUCAGUCUGACGAAAUCGACAUGGGAAUGACCUACGAAGAGUUGAGUGUUUUCGGUUACUUACGCAAAGUGGAAAAGUGCGGACCUUAUUCGAUGUUUUUGAAAUUAUUACAUCAAUGGUCUCCACGAUUAUCAGCCUCUCAAGUCGCCGAAAAGGUUAAAAAGUUUUUCUUUUACUACGCCAUUAAUAGACACAAGCAAACAGUUCUAACUCCAAGUUACCAUGCUGAGCAAUAUUCCCCAGACGACAAUAGAUUUGAUUUAAGACCCUUUUUAAUAAAUCCUAGAUUCACAUGGGCUUCCAAAAAAAUAGAUCGUGUUGUUGCCGAGUGUGAAGGUAAGCAAUCAGGUAGUCCGUUAGACAUUAUGUCGAUUGAUUAA